AUGGGGGCGGUCGCCCCACCUCAAUUUCGGCCCAGCACGCAAUGGCCGGCCCAGCCAGCCUCCCAGCCUCCCGACGCGCCGCCUCUGCCUCCAGCUCCAGCCCUCCGCCCAGGCGCCCCUCCCAGCCUCCUGACGCGCCGCCUCUGCCUCCAGCUCCAGCCCUCCGCCCAGGCGCCCCUCGCCCCCUCCCUACGGCUCGCUGACUCGCUCUCCCAGUCUCCCCUGGUGCCCCUCCCAGCUCCCUCGCGGCUCGCGGGCUCCGGCCUCUGGGCUCUGGCGGCCUGGCCGUGCCCGUGCCCGUGCUGGCCGCACCCAGCCCCGCGCCAGCCACGUCCAGGCGGCCAGGCCUCUCGCGCACCGUCCCCUCGCCGGCUCGCCGCCCCAGCUGUGUGCGCGCCCGCGUCGAAACGCUGCCGCGCCGGCGCCGUACCCGCCUCGCUCCCGUGCGUGCUCGCGCACGAGUUGGUCACGGUCCUUCAGCCCCAGCAGGCCACCACCGCCCGGAAGAACAGGAGCCUUCGCAGAUCCGCCCCUCUCCCGCUCCGACAGAUUAACAGAUCAUUUUCAGCUAUGAAUAUAAUUAAGAGAGAAUUACGCAACAAAAUUGAAGAUGAUUGGAUGAAUGAUCUAAUGGUUUGCUAUACUGAGAAAGAGAUCUUCAAAUCUCUUGAUGAUGAGAUAAUUAUUCGACGAUUUCAGCGUCUCAAAACUAGAAGGAUGCAGUUGCCUCGGUCAUCGAGAACUUAG